AUGUCCACCAUCGCAAACGGGUCCAGCAAGGACUACUCUCCGGAGACCUUCAAGCAUCUGCUCAAGAAGCUCGUGCAGACUCCCACAGAGUUCACAGCCGAAGACUGUGGGGAAGCCUUUGAGCAUCUCGCCCGCGACCGCGCCGCCCCGGCGCAGGCCGGCGCCUUCCUCACGGCCCUAACUCUGUCCGGCCUUGACACCAGCGCCUCCGUCGUCGCGGCAUGCGCCGACGUCAUGCGCCGUCACGCCGUUCCCGUCAACAACGUCAAGGCGGAGCCCGAGAAGCCCCUGGCCGGACAUGGCAUGUGGGACUACGGCUACUCGGACCCCGAAGGUGACGGGUACGCUGGCCUGGUCGACAUUGUUGGCACAGGUGGCGAUGGCUGGGACACGUACAACGUCUCGACUACUGCUGCUGUGGUUGUGGCAGGCACAGGUCUGCGUGUAGCCAAGCACGGCUCACGUGCGGCUACCUCGACCUCUGGUUCGGCUGACCUCCUCAUCGCGCUUGACUGCAGGCUGUCGUUCCCCGUCGAGGCUCUCAAGGACUUCCUUCCCGCUUCCCCUUUCCUCUUCCUCUUCGCGCCUCACUACCACCCCUCGCUGGCGCACAUCGCGCCCAUCCGUCGCCAGCUCAACUUCCGCACCGUCUUCAAUGUGCUUGGCCCGUUGAUCAACCCCGCGCGCCCGCAGCGUAUGGUUCUCGGUGUGGCCAAGUAUGAGCUGGGUGACACGUUCGCUGAGGUGCUGCGCCUGCUCGGCGUCGAGCGGGCACUUGUAGUCUGCGGCAAGGAGGGGCUGGACGAGGUUUCGAUUGCCGGGCCAACCUGGAUUUGGCGCCUCGAAAAUGGCAAGAUUCACCGCGGCGAGAUCGACCCCGUGCAGGACUUUGGUCUCCCGUACCACCCCCUCUCGUCGGUCAAGGGCAGCACGCCGGAGGACAACGCGCUCACCUUCAACGCCAUCCUGGACGGCACUGCACCACCUCCGCACCUAGCCAACCCCGCAGGCCCUGAAGCACCCUCGAUGGAGGCGAUCAAGGACUACAUCCUGAUCAACGCGGCCGUACUUCUGCACAUCUCGGGUCGCGCUAAGACGUGGCGCGAUGGUGUUGCUCUCGCACGCGAAAGCAUUGAGAGCGGCGGUGCGCGCGCGGCUUUCGAUGGCUUCCGCAAUGCGAGCAAGCGCGCCAUGGGCGAGGAGGGUCUCGAUCUCCCUGCGGCGCCGGAGGACGACGGUGGUGUGGCUGCGCGCAAUGGUUUCGUCAAGGCGUGGCUUCAGCGCCGCCGGAGUGGUCACUCGACGCCUGCGGUUCGCGUGUGGCUUCUGUAUCGUAAUCACGCCUGUGACGCAACAACCUGA